AUGGCCGGCAGCCACAAGGGCCUGGGCGCGGACAGCCUUCAUGGCCUGGGCGUGGAUGCCAGCCAGCAAGGUCUGGGCGCGGCCGGUGGGCAGCACGGCCCGGGCGACAUGGCGGGAACUGGUGCGGCAUCGGCAUCCGGUGGUAGCAGACGUGGCAACAAAAAAUCAAGGGAUGAUGAGGGUGAUCAAAUGGCUUGGAAUGAUGAGCAUACCGCACUUGUUUGCAAGUUGUUCGCUGAACAAGUUAGAAAAGGAAAUAGGCCAAACACUCAUUUGAAUAAUGUGGGCUAUACCGAGGUGAAUGAAAGGUUUUUUCAGUGUACCGGUAUUAUGUUGAAAAAAUCUCAACUUAAGAACAAAUGGGACAAGUUGAAGGCUGAUUUAGGUGCUUGGAGAAAAUUGAUGAGGAAACAAACCGGAACCGGUUGGAAUUGGGAUAAGGGAACUAUCAACAUGGAUGCCGAGUGGUGGAAAAAAACAAAAAAUGACAUACCUGGCGUCAGGAAAUUUAAGAAUAGGCCUCUCCAAAAUGAAGAUGAGAUGAAUGUAAUGUUUGGGAGCAUCAUAAAUGAAGAGAUAGAUCAUUGGAAUCCUAUGUCUUCCAACCCGAUCAUACCCCCUAGUGGAGAUGCCCCCCUCAUAUUGGCUUGGACGACAAUGAUGAAGAAAAUGAUAUGGGUGCUAAUAUUGACUCCGACAAUGGUGAUGAGGUUUUGGAAGUCUCUCCUACACCUGGCAAUGCUAAGAGAAAGGCUCAUAUUAUUCUUGAAAAACCUAACAAGAAACCCAAGUCUACAACUGCACUUGUUAUACAAGAACAUAUUUCCAAGAUAUCGGAGAGUGCUCAGUCUUUUGUGUCCUCUAGGCAAGCAGGGAUCACCAUUGAACAAGUCAUGGAACAUGUCAUUGCAUGUGGGCUGA